AUGAAAGUUAUAAUAGUAUUAAUAAUAGUAUUAUUAAUAAAUUAUUCUGAUGAAAAUACUCCACCAUUAGGAACAUCAAGUGUAGCAUUUGUAUUUGAUGUAACUGGAUCAAUGCAUGAUGAUCUUUUACAAGUUAUUGAAGGCGCAACACAUAUAUAUAAUGCAACACUUCGACGUGAAUAUUCUAUUUAUGAUUACAUACUUAUACCAUUUGCUGAUCCAGAUGUUGGUCCUGUAUUAAAAACGCGUGAUUCAAAUCGAUUUCAACGUGGUUUACAAGAUUUAAUUGUCCAAGGUGGUGGUGAUUGUCCAGAAAUGACAAUAACGGCAAUUAAAUUAGCACUUGAACAAUCAUUACCAAAUUCAUUUAUUUAUGUUUUUACUGAUGCUCGUUCAAAAGAUUAUAUAUUAGGUGAUAUUGUUCUAAAACUAAUUCAAGAAAAACAAAGUCAAGUUGUAUUCGUUAUGACAGGUGAUUGUGGUGAUCAAACUCAUAUUGGCUAUCAAAUAUUUCAUAAAAUAGCUGCAACAAGUAGUGGACAAGUAUUUACAUUACAUAAACAACAAGUCAGCGAAAUUCUUAAUUUUGUCCAAUAUACAAUUCAAACACGAAAAGUUAAUUUAUUAGUUAUUGAUAAUAUCAAACGAAAUAAACAAAAUUAUACAUUAGCAGUUGAUUCAAAACUUUUAGAAUUUACUAUAUCAGUUAGUGGUGCAAAUCCACAAGUAAUCUUAAUUGAUCCAUCAAAAAAAACAUUAAAUCCACGUGAUUGGUUUACACGUCUUUUACGUCUUAAAGAAGUUUAUAUAUUAAAUGUUAAACACCCAAUGAUUGGUCAAUGGCAAAUUCAAGUCACAUCGUCAUCUGCACAUUCAAUUCGUAUAACAGGUUUAAGUCGAUUAAUAUUUCGACAUGGAUUUUCAUCAAAUCCUGUGACGGAUUUAAUUCGAACACGUCGACAACCAAUGCAAGGUUCUUUAACUUAUUUAAUACUUGAAAUCGAUAAUAAAGAUGAUAUUCGUAAUGCUGAACAAAUUGAAUUAAUUGAUUUAUUUGGUAAUGUACUUGUCAAUGAAACAAUUCAAGAAAGUCCAUUUAUUCCAUCAUUUUAUUCAACAAUUGAAAAAUUUCAACCACCUAUUCAUAAUUCUUUCUUCUAUAUUCGAUUAACUGGUAUUGAUAGUAGUGGUCAUCGUUUUCAACGUUUGAGUUCAACAGCACUUGCAUCCUAUGUUCCAUUAAAACCAGUUGUUAAUAUUGAUAUAAAUUCUAUUAAAAUACGAUCAAAUAAUCCCGCUAAAAUUCAAUGUCAUACUCAAAGUCAACUUGCAUAUCAAGUUCAAUGGUUAAGAAAUGGACAAUUAUUAUCGAUAUCGAAUUAUUCAGCUGAUAUAACUACUGUUGAAUAUUUAAUUGAUCAACCAAGAGAAAUUAAUGAUGAGGGAUCUUAUAUAUGCAAUGUAACAAGUGCAAGUGGAUUUGAUAUUGGUGAAAUUAAAGUUGAUGUACUUGCUCCACCACCACUUAUUCAAAUUGUACCAUCAAAAUCAUUAUUUGCAUUAAUUAAUAGCUCGGUUUCAAUUGAUUGUCGAGUACAAAAUACUGAAAAUUAUAAUUUGAAAUGGAAACAAGAUCUAUCACCAUCGAUAUUAGUUGAAUUAUCUAAAGAUCGAACACAAAUUUAUGAAAAUGGCACUUUAGAAAUCAAAAAUAUUCAAAAAUCUGAUGAUGGAUCAGUUUUUGUAUGUAUUGUAAAUAAUGAAGGUGGUGAAACACAAGAACGUAUUAUAAUCUAUGUACAAGAAAUUCCAUAUGUUUAUGUUUAUCCUCAAACAAUAAUCUAUUCCUAUCAAUGGAAUAUUACAUUGACAUGUGUUGGUAUGACUGGAAUUCCACGUCCAUUAUUAGUAUGGAGAAGACAAAAUAAUCUAAAUCCAAUUGAACAAUCAGCAAAAGUACGAAGUCAUAAUGGAAUUUUAAACAUUAUGAUGGCAACUAAAGAAGAUGAAGGUUCUUAUGAAUGUAUUGGAAGUAAUACAGCAGGUGUAGAUAUUAAAACUGCUCAACUUAUCUAUGCUGAAACACCAAUAGUAUCAACAAAUCAUUCACAUGUAUUGAUGUCACCUGGUGAUGACAUUGAUUUGAUAUGUACUGUAACAGGUGAAAUGUUUCCUGAUGUACAAUGGUACAAAGAUGAUGAACUUGUAACUCGUUAUCGAACAAAUAUAAAUGGAUAUUUAGAAAUAAGAAACGCAUUAAUAGAAGAAGAUAGUGGUAAUUAUACAUGUUUUGUUCAAAAUACAGUUGGAUCAUCAUCUGUUUCAAUUCGUGUUGAUGUUGGAGUUAAACCAACAAUAAAUAUUUCUAAUGAACAAAUUCAAGUUGAAAUAGAUGAGCAAGUUCAACUUAUUUGUGAAGUAUAUGGUUCACCUAACCCUCAAAUAAUUUGGUAUUAUAAUCAUACAGAACAUCUCUAUGAUAAUGAUAACAAAACAGAAAUACUUCUUAGAAACAUUCAACAAUAUCAUACUGGAAUUUAUACAUGUUUUGCUAGUAAUCUAUUUGGAAAUGCAAGUGCUAAUUUUAAUUUAAGCGUUACAAUGAUUCCACGAUUUACUUUUGAAUCUGAUAGAUAUUUAAAUGGAAUUAUUUUAAAACCAUUGAUUUUAUCUUGUGAUCAUAUUGGUUUACCAAAACCAGCGGUCACAUGGUUUAAAGAUGAUCAAAUAUUAGUUUUUGAACAAGAUCGAAUAAGUAUGGAUUCAACAAGUUCAUUAAAUAUCAAUUCAUUGAAACCAACAGAUCGUGGUUCAUAUAUUUGUCAAAUUUCAAAUCAAUUCGGACAAGCAAAACAACAAUAUCAAGUUGAUGUUUAUGAACCACCCAGUUUGUUAAAUAAUUCUCAAGAAAUUGAACUUGAUGUCAAUGCAUCCAUGUCAAUUCUUCUUUCUUGUCCAAUUACUGGUUAUCCUCAACCAACUAUCGAAUGGUUUCGUCAAAAUAAUUCCAUGAAUUAUAAUCAAGAUACAAAUAUGUAUUUACAUUCAAAUGGUUCUCUGGAAAUCAGAAAAGUUGAAAUAACACAUCAAGAUCAAUAUCAUUGUAUAGCAACAAAUCCAGCAGGAACAACUACUCACUACAUACAACUCAAUGUUAAUAUUCCACCUUGGAUUAUUGGUGGUGAAGAAGAAACUAUGGUACAAGCUUUACUCAAUAAAUCAAUAACAUUGGUAUGUCCUACAACAGGUACACCAAAACCAACUAUUCAAUGGUUUAAAAAUGAUGAACAACUUGAAACAUUUGACGAUAAUAAUCAUUAUAUAUUAACAAAUAUUAAACAAACAGAUGAAGGUAUUUAUCGAUGUACAGCAACAAAUAAAGCUGGUAGAACACAACGAUUAUUUAAUAUAUCUGUUUAUAUGUCACCUUAUUUUGAACAUCAAACAGAAAAUAUAAGUCGUCUUCAAAUAAAAUCCGUUAUAUUAAAUCAUACAUUAAUAUUAUUAUGUCCAGCUAUUGGUUUACCUAAACCAAAAUUAUUAUGGUUUUAUAAUGGAAAUGAAAUUCAAUUGAAAAAAAAACAUAUUCUUAUUAAACAAAAUGGAAAAAAAUUGAUUCUUAAUAAAAUAAAAUCCGAAGAUGAAGGUCGAUAUAUUUGUCAAGCAACAAAUACAAUUGGAACAAUUGAUAUUAUAUAUGAUGUUAAUGUUAUGAUGCCACCAAGAUUUACAAAAGAAAAUAAUGGAAUGUUUGCUAAUAAACAAUCCUAUAAAAAUGGAGAAUAUUUACGUUUACCAUGUUCAGUUGAAGGAAAACCAGUACCUGUACGACGAUGGUUUUUUAAUGGAAAAAGUAUAGCUCAGUUACCACGUAUACGAUUUGUAUAUGAUGGUCUUUAUAUUGAAAUUGAAUAUUUAACAUUGAAUGAUGCUGGUCGUUAUACAUGUUUAGCUGAAAAUUCUGCUGGUCAUGCUGAAAAUCAUAUUGAUAUUGAUGUAUCAAUUCCUCCUGUAUUUAAUGAUUCAUUAUCACAAGUUAAAAUACAAGCAUUAAUUAAUUCAACAGUUUCAUUAGUUUGUUCAGCAUAUGGUUUUCCAAAACCUACAUAUAAUUGGUCAUUGGAAACAAAUUUACUAUUGAACACAACUGGAGACGAAGAGUUGCUUCUUGAAAAUGUUCAGAUUAAUGAUACAGGUGUAUACGAAUGUAUAGCAAUGAAUAGAGCAGGUGAAAUUCGAAAAAGAUUUAUAGUAGAAACAUAUGAAUUACCAUCAAUUAAUUUAAAUAAUGAAACAAAUCGUAUCAUUAUUCGUCGUAAUGAAAGUUUAAAUCUCGAAUGUCCAGCAAGUGGAUAUCCAAUACCUGUAACUCGAUGGUAUAAAAAUGAAAUCGAAUUAUAUGAAUUUAAUAAAGAAGUAUACAUAGCAUCUGUAGAUAGACAAGAUGCAGGACUUUAUUCAUGUAUUGUUUCAAAUAGCUUUGGAAUAGAUCGACGAUAUUUUAAUAUUAUUAUAUCAGGACCACCGGAGAUUUUACGAAGUCAUAUCAAUACUAAUCCAAGUGUCGUUCGAGAUUCUUCAAUAACACUUUCAUGUCCUUAUACAACUGAACGAUCUUCAAUGAUAACAAUAACAAAUACAACAUGGAUUCCACCUUUAUUUCAACCUGAACAUGAAUUAAUUCGUCAUUCAUUAAAAUUAAAUGAAAAUCAAUUAAUAAUUCCAAAUGUACAAAUAGAAGAUGGUCAAAUAUGGAAAUGUAUCGUUGCAAAUGAAUAUGGUUUUGAUUCACUUGAAUUUCAACUUGAAGUUCUUGUCCCACCUACAAUUUUAAAUGGAGAUACAGAAGAAUUAUUUCAAGUUGAAAGUAAUAAUACAGUUCAAUUGAUAUGUCAAACAUAUGCACAUCCAUUAGCAACUAUUGAAUGGCGUAAAAAUGGCAAUCCAAUUGAUAUAAAUCAAUAUUUUAGUAUAAAAAAUAAUUCAUCAGAAAUUCUUCAAAUUGCUGUAAAAGAUGAACAUGAUGGUGGAACAUUUACAUGUAUAGCAUCAAAUUCAAUAGGAAAAAGUGAAAGGAAUUUUUUAGUUGAUGUAUUUCUACCACCAACAUUUGAUUAUGUAUCAACAAAUCGUCAUAAAAUUCAAUUAAAUCGUACUUAUACAUUACCAUGUUUAGUUAAAGGUAUACCAAGACCAAUAAUAAAAUGGUUAAAAAAUGAAAAAAUAUUUCCUAUUGAUAAUAAACGUAUUGAAUUAUUUCGAGAUGGUCAAUAUCUUGAAAUUCGAAAUAUAAAUGAAUAUGAUGCAGGAAUGUAUACAUGUUUAGCAGAAAAUCUAGCAGGAAAAGCAAAACAAAUACUUGAAUUACAAGUUUUAAUUCCACCACGAAUUGAAAAUGAUACGACAAAUAUUGAAGCAAUUUUUAAUUCAACUGUAAAUUUAACAUGUUCAGCAUAUGGAAAUCCUAAACCUACAAUUGUUUGGUUUAAAGAAGGUCGACAUUUACAAUAUGGUAAUCAUUAUUUAUCAAUAACACUUUCGUCGAUAAAAAAUAACGAACAAAUAAUUUAUACAUGUAUUGCUUCGAAUGAAGCUGGUAAUGUUGAACAACAUUAUCGUAUUAAUCGUUUAGUUCCUCCAUCAAUUGAUUCAAUAUCAAUCACUCCUACAUCAACACCAAUAGCUGGUAAUCAUUUUACUCUAGAAUGUAAUGCUUAUGGUAUUCCUGAACCAAUAAUUUCCUGGGAAUUUAAUAAUCAUCGAUUAUCAUCAGGACAUAAUCGAUAUUAUCAAGUAAUUCAUGCAUCAUUAAAUAAUACUGGUUUAUAUACAUGUUUAGCUGAAAAUAAAAUUGGUAUUAUGAAAAAAGAUAUACAUAUUGAUGUUCUUUUACCACCAUCAAUACUUAAUAAUGGUCAAAUGAUAAAUGAAAUAACAAAGUUAAACGGUGAAUCUCUUGUUUUAACGUGUUUACUUCAUGCUCAUCCUUUACCAACGAUUAUUUGGACAAAAAAUGAUCAAAUUUUAUUUGAUUCUGAAAGAAUAUUAAUACAAGAUAAUAAUCUUAAAUUAUAUAUUGAAAAUGUAUCUUUAAUUGAUCAUGGUCGUUAUCAAUGUCAAGCAGAAAAUUUAGCUGGUCGUUCACAACAAAUAUUUGAUAUUCAGAUAUAUGUACCACCGGAAAUUCAUUCAUCAAAUAUUAACCGCAAUCCAUAUGUCAUACUGGGAAAAAGUAUUAUUUUAUCAUGUUAUGGUUUUGGUGUACCACAAAUAAAUUAUAACUGGUUAAAAGAUGAAAAAAGUCUAUUAGGAUCUCAUUCUUAUGCUAGAUUAUUAGAAAAUGGUGAAAAAUUACAAAUUGAUGCAGCACAUUUAUCUGAUGCUGGUUCAUAUACAUGUCAAAUGUCAAAUGUAGCUGGUCAAGUCAAUUUAACAUAUCAACUAGAUGUUUUUACACCACCAACGAUUGAUCGAUCGAAUUUAGUUGAAAUUUAUCAAGUGAAAUCAAAUCAAACAGCUCGUCUAGAAUGUCCUAUGUACGGAAAACCUACACCUCAUAUAAUCUGGUUAAUAAAUGGACGAAAUUUAAAAAUAAAUGAGGAUCGAUAUAAAUUAAUUGAUGAUAACCGAAUAUUAAUUAUAAAUUCUGUUAAUCAAAAUGAUAAUGCUCGUUAUACAUGUAUUGGUACAAAUAUAGCUGGAGAACUAUCAAAUCAUAUUGAAUUACAAAUAUUUGUUCCACCAAUAAUACAACGUGAACCAAAUGAAGAUAAUGUUAAUGUCAUUCAACAUCAUCAUAUUGCAUUGACUUGUACACCUCAAGGUGAUCCAUUACCUUCUAUAUCAUGGGAAAAAGAUGGUCUACCUAUUGAUACAUUCAAUUCACGAUAUAGGAUUGGUCCAGGUAGUUUACAAUUAUUAAUUAUUCAAGCUGAUCCAUCUCAAGCAGGAAUUUAUACUUGUCUGGCAUAUAGCAAAGCUGGUGAAGCAAAACAGCAAUUUCGUUUAACAGUAUUAAUUCCUCCAAGAAUUCAACGAGAAAAUACAUCCUAUCUCGUUAUAGCUCCAAAACCUAUUGAACUUCCCUGUCAAAUAAUACAAGGAUAUCCGACGCCUAUUGUCACAUGGUUUCAUAAUAAUAUCGAAUUGAAAACAUUUGAAAAUAAUAUUGAUUUAAAGUAUAAAAUUUCAUCAUCAAAUAGUUUACUUCUUCUUCAUACAUCAAAAUAUGAUAAUGGUAAAUAUCAAUGUAUGAUAAUAAAUGAAGCUGGACAAGAUUCUAUUGAAGUUCAUCUUGAUAUAAAUGUUCCACCAAUAGUUACAGUAGAAAGUAAUGAAAUUAUUGGUAUAGUUAAUAAACCUAUUACACUUAAUUGCCAAGCAGAUGGACAUCCAUUACCAGUUAUUUAUUGGACAAAAGCAAGUCGAUCAAUAGACACACAACCAGGCUUUCAAAUAUUGAAUAAUGGUUCAUUAAGAAUUCAUCAUUUACAAGUUCAAGAUACAGGUUAUUAUUUAUGUUGGGCAGAAAAUCUUGUUCGACGAACUUAUGCACAAAUUCGAUUAGAAGUUCAAGUUCCACCAUCGAUUGAUCAAAUCGAAAGACAUUAUACAGGUAUUGUUGAUCAAUCAAUAAAACUAUCUUGUCAAGCUAAUGG